GCGCUGCCCGGCUCCUGUCCCGCGAUGGCGCGAUACCUCGGCGCAGCCCCCGCGCUCUGCCGCGCCGCGCCCGGCCUGAGCCGCCUCCCCGCCGCCCUGGCCCCGGCGCCGGGCGCGCAGCAGCCGCGGCGCCACUAUGCUGACAAACGGAUCAAGGUGGCCAAGCCAGUGGUGGAGAUGGAUGGGGACGAGAUGACGCGGAUCAUCUGGGAGUUCAUCAAGGAGAAGCUGAUCCUGCCCAACGUCGACGUGCAGCUGAAGUACUUCGAUUUGGGCCUGCCAAACCGGGACCAGACGGACGACCAGGUCACCAUCGACUCGGCGCUGGCUACCCAGAAGUACAGCGUGGCCGUGAAAUGCGCCACCAUCACGCCUGAUGAAGCCAGAGUGGAAGAAUUCAAGCUGAAGAAGAUGUGGAAGAGCCCCAACGGCACGAUCCGAAACAUCCUGGGCGGGACUGUCUUCAGGGAGCCCAUCAUCUGCAAGAACAUUCCCCGCCUGGUCCCGGGCUGGACCAAGCCCAUCACCAUCGGCAGACACGCCCAUGGCGACCAGUACAAGGCCACGGACUUCGUUGUGGACCGGUCCGGGACGUUCAGGAUGGUGUUCACCCCGAAGGACGGCAGUGCCGCGAAGGAGUGGGAGGUUUUCAACUUCCCCGGCGGGGGUGUUGGCAUGGGCAUGUACAACACGGACGAGUCUAUCUCCGGCUUCGCGCACAGCUGCUUCCAGUACGCCAUCCAGAAGAAGUUGCCCCUCUACAUGAGCACCAAGAACACCAUCCUCAAGGCCUACGAUGGGCGCUUCAAAGACAUCUUCCAGGAGAUCUUCGACAAGCACUACAAGACGGAGUUUGACAAGCUGAAGAUCUGGUAUGAGCACCGGCUCAUUGAUGACAUGGUGGCCCAGGUGCUGAAAUCCUCCGGCGGCUUCGCCUGGGCCUGUAAGAACUACGACGGGGACGUCCAGUCGGACAUCCUGGCCCAAGGGUUCGGUUCCCUGGGCCUGAUGACCUCCGUCCUGGUGUGCCCCGAUGGAAAGACCAUAGAAGCUGAGGCAGCCCAUGGCACUGUCACCCGCCACUACCGGGAGCACCAGAAGGGACGACCCACCAGCACUAACCCCAUUGCCAGCAUCUUUGCCUGGACGCGUGGCCUGGAGCACAGAGGCAAGCUGGACAGUAACCCGGAUCUCAUGACGUUUGCUCAGACUCUGGAGAAGGUCUGCGUGGAGACGGUGGAGAGUGGAGCUAUGACAAAGGACCUCGCAGGCUGCAUCCAUGGGCUCAGCAACGUGAAGCUGAACGAGCACUACAUGAACACCACGGACUUCCUGGACACAAUCAAGAACAACUUGGACACAGCCCUGGGCAAGCAGUAGAGGCGAGGGGCUGCUUGGGGUGGGGGUGGGGGUGUCCGUCCAGCUGUAGCGGCACCAGAGCCAGGCGGUUUACCUCAUUUUUAACAGGUAGGAGCUAAUGCUGCUCUGAGCUCAUGGACUGGGCCCAGGAACACUCAGAUUAGUUUUUAUAACGUUUUUUAAAGUAUUUCUAGGAGCGCGAGUGCCAGGGCCUUAUGGCCAGGCCUGGCCAGCGCUGCCAGUCGUGUGCUUAAUUUAUGUAACCUCCUCUGACCUCAUGGUGCCAAGUGUAGCUAAUAAACCUUUUCACCCAGCUGCCCUCCUGCUCUCUGCUGCCCAGAAAGGCUUAACAGGUCCCUGGCACGUUGCAGCUACUCCACCCCCCCAUGGUUGCCUUGCUGGCCCCGGUGACACAUUCCCCUCUCUGGCCGGCUGGGCUGGGCUGGGCUGGGAGGCCCUAGCAAGCUCCCACAUUCGCCUGCAGGGCCAGGCCUGGGAGCUCACCCAGGUAAAGGCCGUUACCUAGAAGGAUUGUUAAACAGCUCUCCCAGGGAGAGAGCGUUAGUGCCUGUGCUGUGCACACCGUGCAGUGACAACAGGAGCUGCACACACUGCUGCUGUCCUCCGCUCAACCUGCCUCUCGGCCCCCGGGCCAGGCCUGCCUGCGAGGGCUCGGAGCAGCUCCUCUAGCAGAGGCUCUGUAGAGAACUUGGCUCCACCUUCCCUCUUCUGGGCUCAGCUGUGCUGCAGCGCAGGGUGAAGGCUGCAGGCU